AUGACUGAAAUUGAAGAAUUAAAGGCCUACCCUGCAGAUUGCAGCACCGUCUCCCCCAAGGAUUACGCUAAUCAUACCCAUGCUAAGCUCUCAGGCCGUAUCCUCAAUGUCAUGACCACCCUCCCCACUCAGAUUAUUAGCAACUAUGACCCCUCCUCAGGCGACUACCUUUGGGACGUUGAGGCUGUCCGUGGUAACUCGGCAUUAUACUCGUCGCAACACUUUUUGGACCAGCAUUCCGAUUGGGAAUCGCAUUUAAUUGCUUGGACAGGUGAAAUCAACGCUAGUAAAGUUACCCGUUGGCAAAAUGGGGAUAAUGUCGACGACGCUCUUUACUUGGUUGAUGAGGACAAACAGGAAUUGGAAGCCAAGUUGCGUGAGGCUAACGGCUCCGAAAACAUCCACCCUGUUUGGUUGUUAAGGCGCGAUCAAAGCAGAUGGAGAAAGUAUGCUGAAAAGGUGUUAUGGCCCGUGUUUCACUAUAUCCAAGGGCAACCUUCGGACGGUAAGGAAGAAGCAGAAGCUUGGCAUGAUUACGUCAAGUUCAACGAAGUCUAUUUGAAUAAGAUAAAGUCGGUUUACAAACCAGGAGAUGUGAUUUUGAUCCACGAUUAUUACUUGUUGCUUUUGCCUCAAUUGUUAAGAAUGGAAUUCCCAGAUGCCUAUAUCGGGUUAUUCCUUCAUAUUCCGUUCCCAUCCUCGGAAUACUUUAGGUGUCUUUCCAAAAGAACUCAAUUGUUGGACGGGAUGUUGGGUGCCGAUAAGAUUGGGUUCCAGUCUGGCUCUUUCCAAAGACACUUCCUCUCUUGUUGUGCUAGGCUUUUAGGAUUUGAAGUGACUUCGGAUAAGGUGUUUGCAUUUGGUACAACUAUUUCUGUGGAGACUUUACCUAUUGGGGUGGAUACGAAAAAGAUUGAACAUGAUGCGUUUUUACCUGAUUCUGGCAUUGAAGAAAAAGUCACUGCCUUGAAGGAACUUUAUAAAGGCAAGAAGAUUAUCGUUGGUAGAGACCGGUUGGACAAGGUCAGAGGAGUGGUUCAGAAAUUAGAGGCAUUUGGUAUGUUUUUGGAAAUGUAUCCUGAAUGGAGAGAAAAAGUAGUCUUGAUUCAAGUUUCCAGUCCAGGGUUCACUCACUCGGCCAAUGUUGAAAGUAAAGUGACUGAAUUGAUCAAUCAGAUCAAUUCUCAGUAUGGGAACUUGAACUAUACUCCGAUUUUACAUUAUCAAAUGAUGAUUCCUAAAGAUGAGUACUUGGCAUUAUUGAGAGUAGCUGAUUUGGCCUUGAUCACUUCGGUGAGAGAUGGAAUGAACACCACCGCAUUUGAAUUCGUCAUUUGUCAAAAGUACAACAGCUCCCCUUUGGUUUUGUCGGAAUUCACCGGAACUGCUUCCGUUUUGAAUGAAGCUAUUUUGAUCAACCCCUGGGAUACAGUCGGUAUUGCAAAGACUAUCAAUGAAGCGUUCUUGUUGUCUGAUAAGGAAAAGCAACAGUUGGAAGCAAGAUUAUACGAAAAGGUUACAUCAAACACGGUACAAAACUGGAUAUCGACAUUUAUUCGUGAUGUUAUUGAUCACUCACUUGUCACUCACGUUACUAAUUACACUCCAACUUUGAACCGACCACUUUUAUUGAAAAACUACCUAAAUUCCAGCAGAAGAUUAUUCUUAUUUGACUAUGACGGUACAUUGACCCCGAUUGUCAAGGAGCCCGCUGCUGCUAUCCCAUCCGACAAGUUGAAUCGAAUCUUGGAUGUCUUGGCUGCUGAUCCCAAGAAUCAAAUCUGGAUUAUUUCUGGAAGAGAUCAAGCCUUUUUGGAUAAGUGGAUGGGCGACAAGAAUGUGGGAUUGUCUGCUGAGCAUGGGUGUUUUAUGAAGGACCUUGGCUCGAAAGAAUGGGUUAAUCUCGCUGCUUCAUUUGACAUGUCGUGGCAGGCCAAAGUAGAAGAAGUGUACAAGGACUAUACUGAAAAGACGCCUGGUUCCCACAUUGAACGCAAGAAAGUGGCCUUGACUUGGCACUAUCGUCGUGCUGAUCCAGAAUUGGGGAACUAUCAAGCUGCCAAGUGUCUUCAUCAAUUGAAUGAAACUAUCGCCAAGGAGUACGAUUGUGAAGUCAUGGCUGGUAAGGCUAAUAUUGAAGUCAGACCCAAGUUCUUGAACAAGGGUGAGAUUGUUAAACGGUUAGUAUUACAUCCACACGGCUCUAAACAAGACCUUCAUAAUGAACAUUGUCAUUCUGAUGCCACUGCUGCUGAUCAACUCCCGGACUUUGUGUUGUGUUUGGGUGAUGAUUUAACCGAUGAAGAUAUGUUCAGAUCGUUGAAAACCAUUGAAGCCGAGUGGACUGAGCAAGGAUUGCCCAAGAAUGAAUUUGGGUCGUAUGGAGUAUAUCCCGUGGCCGUGGGACCAGCCUCGAAACAAACAGUAGCCACUUCUCAUUUGAAUGAACCCUCGCAAGUGUUGGAAACCUUAGGAUUGUUGGCAGGUCAAGUGUCAUUGUUUGAGAGUGCUGGUACUGUUGAAUUGGAUGAUCGUGGACAUUUGGCCAAUAGUGAAUCUUCGGAGCGGUCAAAGACGGCAAUCGAACGUGCUGCUAGUCUUCGGAGAAAGGCUAGUCUUGAUAAAGAAAUGAAUAAGAAGACUUCUACCAAUGGGAAAAUUUAA